AUGGGCAUCGCGACGUUGGACCUGCGUCCGGGGGUGGGCCUGGGGCCCUUCUCGCUCGGUGCGCUCCCCCAAGCCCGCUCCUCUUACUCGUCCUCUUCCGCUGCGCGCGCUCUGCGCUCCCCGCUACGGAAUCUCCCCCGCCCGCCGCUGUCCCACCCGCGCCCCCCUCGUUUCCUUGCUUUCUCUCAACCGCUCUCGCUCUUCACGGGUUCUCUUCGCGUUUCUUCGUCACCCACUGGUAACCACAUUCCCGCUGCUCUUUCCCCCACACGUGUCUCCCCUACUCGCAUGGCGGUGUGCGAGGCGUUGGCGGAGGUGGAGGCGCAGCUGGGCGUCUUCGACAGCAUCGUCGUUAACUACUGCCACCAGGAGCCUCUAUCGCGGGACAUAGUCAUCGCCUUCCCGCACCUCGGUUUCCGCCUCUGCUUCGACCCGCACGUGCAGCGCCUGCACCGCAUAGACGUGGCGGACAUCUCUCGUCUGCACCUGCGAUUCGGAGCCUCGCUGCUCGGGUAUGCCUGCCGUCCCUCCCUUGGGUCCCGCCACCUUCUUGCCAACCCUUGGGCGCCCACGUUCGCGCACGUGUAUGCUGUGCUCGGGCAUGGCUUUGCUCUUCCCCAUCGCAGCGCCGCACCAGCACCUAUUCCACCACCCCACACACGGUCAGGGCCUUCCUACCUCACUCGCUCAUGCCCUCUCAACGCCACUCUCACGCUACCUCACUCAUACCCUACCCUCGCGGCUCCCCGCGCCUCUCUCUCCCCGAAUCUCUUUUCGCCCCCCCCUAGCCUCUCGCUCUCUCUCAACGCCCUUGCUGCACCCCGCUUUCUGCCAGACGGCUCAGCGCCCUGCCUCUCCCAAGUGCUGCUUUACCUGCCGGGGGAACCCACUUUCCACUCCUCUCCCCCUCUCUCUUUUCCCAACCCUUCCCCCUUCUCCCUCCCCUUCUCCCUCCCCUUCUCCCUCCCCUUCUCCCUCCCCUUCUCCCCUCCUCCCCCAGACCUCCCCAUGCAGCUGCCAGACGGCUCUGCGCCCCGCCUAUCACAGGUGCUGCUGCACCUGCCGGGGGAGCCUGCUCUCCCUGCGCAGGGGGCGGGGGGGACAGGGGGCGUUGGGGGCGAAGGGGGCACAGGGGGGACUGUCGAGGGCGGGGAGGGGGAGGGGUUGCGGCGGGCAGCAGAGCGGUUUGCGUCGCUGCCGCUGGUGAUGGCGAAUGGGGCCGUGUACAUGGAGGCCCUCGUGGUGCAGGUGAGGGUGGUGUUGUGGCGCAUGGCCACUGUAUUAAACAAGUAUAUGAGCCUGCACGCGAGGGUGAUGGCGACCGGGGCCGUGUACAUGGAGGCCCUCGUGGUGCAGGUGGGUGCGGGAGAUGAGACGAGCUUGUGGGAGAGAAGGCCAGGCUUCAUGUGGGGCGGGCGGAAGGCAGGGGAAAUGGGCGUGCAGUGCAGUGCAGGUUGGCGACCGCUGGGAGAGGCAGUGCUCUUCUCACAGGGCGGGCAGCGCAUUGCCUUUGGGGACUCAAGGAGGCACCUCAACCCCCCUUCCUCCCUGACCCUCUCUCCCUUCCCUGCCCCUCUUCUCUCUUCCCCCAUACUCGCACCAGCUGGGAGAGGCAGUGCUCUCCUCACAGGGCGGGCAGCGCAUUGCCUUUGGGGACUCAAGGAGGCACCUCAACCCCCCUUCCUCCCUGACCCUCUCUCCCUUCCCUGCCCCUCUUCUCUCUUCCCCCAUGCUCGCACCAGCUGGGAGAGGCACUGCUCUUCUCACAGGGCGGGCAGCGCAUUGCCUUUGGGGACUCCGCGCAGGCACACACUUGACUCCUUGCUCACUUCUCUCCUCGCCCUUGUGCGCCCGUCUCUCACCUUUCUCUCCUCCCUUGCCUACCUCCCGUGCGUACCUCCCUUUGUGUCCGCGUCCGCCAUCUCGCCCCCUCCUCUUUCCCCCCGCCAGGACGUAUGGUCGGAGCUGGGGAGGCCGUGCUGCAUGGGCGCCAAGCAGGUCAUGCACGCCCUCAGCGCUAACUCCUCUCCCUUCCCCCCCCCCCCUGUGCGCCGCUCCCCUCUGCAGGACUCUGCCAAGGCAAUUCACUCCGCCCGUGCCCCGCCCCUCUCCUCCUCCCCCUCCUCGCCCCUCGUCUCCUCCCCCUUGCCCACGCUCUCCCCCUGCUCCACUCCCCCGGACUACAUCUGGAGCUACUACACCCGAGGGCUCGAUAUUAUCUUCAGUGGCCAGAGCUACGAGGUGCGCAAGCUGGUGUUGCACACCAACCUACCGGGCCAGCCGGAUUUCAACGACUACGUCAAGUGCAACUUCCGCAUCCCCGCGCCCCAUGCACCCCCAGAUGCCCCUGCCGGGUCCGACCCAUCGCUCUGUAUAACUCCUGACUCCAAGUGGGACCAUGUGCAGAAGCUAUUCGGGGGAGGUGGACGGGCGGCCAUACAGACCGCAGGGGCCUUGCACAGGGCCUUUGGACCCACCUUUGUGUACGGCUUCCGCCACGUGGCAUUUGAGGUGUUGAAGAAUGGACACAUCUGGCUCCUGCGGUACGACGACCGCCGCCAACUUCCUUUUUUCGCUCUCGCCCUUCCCGCGGUCGCCACGUCGUUUCGUCACUGCCUGCGUCUCGACGUCUCAAAAACCGCAUCGUCCGGUCGUCUGCUCUGCUCCCACCCCAUUCGUCAAUGUUCGUCGGACCACACUCUUAUCUUUCCAAACCUCAUCUCUCCCACCCCCCGCAUUCUCCACCGGCCCCCCACCUCCUCCCCGUUCCCUUUCCCGUCCCCCGCCACCUCUCCCUUCCCCCCAACAGGCAGCAGCUGGGCGAUGGCGGCGGUGACGGCGGUGGAGCUCGCAUACGCCGUGGCGCGCAACGACUCGUGCGACAUGCAGGCGCCGCGUUACCUGUCGACGCAGCAGGUGCUGAACUGCGGCGACAGCAAAAAGGGCAACUGCACGGGCGGCUGGCCCACGACUGCGCUGGACUAUGUUGUGAAGACGACGGGGAAAUACGGGGGUAUGGUGAAGAAGCAGGCGACGGCCAUCGGCAUCCGGUCAUACGAGAGCAUCGACUACUACGGCUGGCUCGGCCUCAUCCUCGCCGUGCAGGUGCAUCCGGCCAUCGCGCUGGUGAACUCCAAGCCCGACUCCUUCCGCAACUACCAGUCGGGCGUGUACGCGGAUUCGUCGUGCGCGGAGGGGCAGGUGGACCACGCUGUCGUGGUGAUGGGUUAUACCUUCGCGUCGCCCGGACCCCUCUGGAUCCUCAAAAACUCAUGGGGCAAGACGUGGGGCAUGCAGGGAUACAUGCAUCUGGCCAUGCAGGGCGGGCUGGGGGCAUGCAACAUCCACUCCGUGCCUGCACUCGUGCCCGUCAUCCGCAACUCGGAUCCGUGCAGCCUGCUGGUGAACCCCUGUGGCGGCGGAGAGUGCAUUUCGCGCGACAGCGGCAAGUACAAGUGCAACUGCCCGCCUCAAUUCGUCAAAGUCAAGAACUCCGAUGGCACCGAGUCCUGCACGCCAGUGGUGGUGUGCACGCGAGCGGACAUCAACCCGUGUGGAGUGGGCACGUGUCUCAAUGACGGCAAGGGAACGCACACCUGCCUCUGCCCGCGCGGAUUCACGCUCGGCACCAUCGCUGUCGGCUCGGACACCUGCGUGCCCUCGGACAAGACCAUAAAGAGCAUCAAGGUGCCGCUGACGGUGCCGGCCAAGGUGGUGUACGGGCUCUAUGGCAUUCCCAAGGACCAGUUCUACGACCAGAACCCCGACCUGGACUCGGACGACAGCAAGAUAAAGAAGGGCAAGAAGGUGAACGUGAAGGCCACCUCGGAUACCAUCAACUGCGAUCUCUUCUACCCCUGGAACUGGGGCAAUCGCUGUGGGCCGGUGGCAGCACUGUUUGGCAUCACCAUCGCUCGCCUCCAGGACCUCAACCCGGGCCUCACCUGCCCCACCGGGGCGUACCCGGGCCAGCAGAUCUGUGUGCGGGAGGGAAGCGGCCUGGCCAUCCCGCUGUGUGCGCAGUAUCACGUGAUAGCGCCCCCGGACACGUGCAGGAGCAUCAAGCAGCAGUACUCGCUCUCCUGGUCCACCUUCUUCGCCCUCAACCCUGGUGUCUUCUGCGCCAACCUCUACCCCGCUGCCACCGUCGAUGGACAGAACUCCAUCCCCAGUGGCGCACAGGUGGGCUCGUGUGGUGCACAGGUGGGCUGGUGUGAGUGA